UUCAUUUUAGUUUUCCCAAUGAUCCCGACAGAAAUUUCUUAGGUGUCAAAUGGAUGAACCUUUAUCAAAAGAAAUCUGGCGGACUAGCCAUAGAGGCAUGAGAUUUAAAAGCAAUUCAACACCACUAGAACAAAAGCUUAUAAUAGUCAUCAACAAUCUAGCAUAAGAUUAAAUCCAUUUUCAAAAUCCGUCUAUACAAGGAGCAAUAGAAAAGAAUUAACAAAGCCAAAAAUUGUGUGUUUGUAUAAAAAGAAAUAAAUCGACCAGCGUCUAACUCAUAAAAGUAUAAGUGUGCAUGAAUAGAACCGCUUUAAAACCUAACCUCCUUGAGAUUGGCUACCGAAAUCCGUUCUUUCACUGUUAUCACGGCGCCCCUGGUUUAUGUACUCCGUCAAAGUUGUUUUGAAACACACAGCAGAAUACUAGAAGUAAGCAAGUUCUCUCCAGACCAUCUCGUCCUUGGUCUUGUGAGUGAAACCAGGAGGUCCUUGGCCAGGAUCCAACGGAGGCCCCGUGACCCCUCGGGACUCUGGAUUGCCGGACCAUGGACCCCGCGGAAUGGUUGGUGGCCACGGGUACGACCUUCCUGGACUUGAGCUCGGAGGACCGUUUCCGCACCUUGGUUUAUCUGUUGGAUCAGUGUAGCCCGCAGGAACGAUGGCGAUGGCAACGGGAACUGACCGAACGGCUUCAUCGAGAUCUGAUCAGUUGGCUGCCCGUGGAAAUUGCCGUGAAAAUCUUGACCUACCUGGAUCUUCCAAGUCUCUUCAGUGCUGCUCAAGUGAACCGUACUUGGCAAUCACGGGCUGACAGUCACUUGGAGGUCUGGCGGCAACAUGGGGAAAGCACGGGGGUUCAAACCCCGGCAGCUUCAGAAUCCGUACAAGAAUGGAAAGAUACUCUCCGAGCUGGAAUCCGCAUCCGAAGAGAGCUCAAAUUGGGACGGGCGUUUGAAGCUGGAUCCUUGGGGAACCCCUCACAAUCUGCGGCUCAAUUCAUCGCCCUCGACUACGAUGAAGGUUUCUUGGCGGCCGCUAGCUUUGAUUCUUCUGCCGAACACUCACGGGAUUGGUCAUCAUUGGUUUUGAUAAGUUCCCUGAAACGGCAAGAAGUGAUUCAUCGUUUCAUGUUGGCCGAACCUCAGCUUCGUCCAACGGUUGUGAAGCUUAUAAUGCCCAUGUACCUUUGUGUGGGAUUCGUGGAUGGAACUAUCCAUUAUUGGGACAUUCCAGACGCCAAUUCAGUGAGAUUUAUCGGCCACACCGGUGCAGUAUUCUCCUUGGCCGGAAACCUGGAGCUGAAUUUGUUAGUGUCUGGAUCUUGUGAUUUGACGGUCCGAUUGUGGAACCUGGCCACGGGCACAUCCAUUCGAACCAUUCAAACCCAUGACAAUUGGGUAGUGACCGUGAUAUUAUGGGUUCCGCCAUUGUUCUCGGGAGAUUCGAAACGAAACGACACUCUCAAAAAGAGGCUUUUCACCAUGACCAAGACUCAAAUUCAUUGCUUUGAGUGGACGUCGGAGAAAGAUCUGCCAGCUCUUCAGAAGCCGUACCUGGUCAUCCCAUUGAAACAAAAUGAAGGCUACGAGGAGCUUCGAGGCGAGUUCUUCACCCCUGGUCUUCAUUACGAUCCUAAAGCCUCAGUCAUUUCCUUCGUCAGACAAAUGUUGAUUUGCGAAACGCAAACUAUAGGUGAUGCAGAUAUCAUCUCCGUGUGCGCUGAAACUGGUGUUACCAAGCGCAGUAUUCAUAUCAACCAAAAGAUCCGCAAGCUUCUCGCCGUGGGUAAUCGGUUUGCUCUGAUUUUAUUGCCAUACGUGGACAGUAAAUAUAAGAACUUGGGCAUCAUUGAUCUUCAAAGCCGAAAACUCAUUGGAGGAGCCACAGUUCCUCAUUCACGGGCCAGCACUCCGGAUUUCUCCCAGAUUGCGGUUGGUCAUCCUGGUUGGUUGGAUGGUUUAUCCACGGAAAUUUCAACCAAUCAAGACUUGGUGAUCGCUUUACGAGUGAACAAUGGUACCAUCCACACUUUGAAAUGGCAUUAAUAUCUUUGUUGUUAUACUUUAUGGGUAUCUUGUUAUAUUAUAAAGCUGGAAAUAUAUGACCAUCUAAUCGUA